AUGCCAAACUUCUACCAACCCCAGUACGCCAUCCGUCGACCCCCAAGCCUACACCAGGACCCUACACUGAUCCAACAGCAUGUGCUGGAAGAGCAGGUGGAGCUGUGGUGGUCACAAGAGCCACGUCGCUCCCUCCUGUGCUACUGCGCCUCCGUAGCAAUGAUCCUUGGACUAGGGCUGGGCGGCGUGGGCCUCCUUUCCACCACCACCAGCCUGUCCGGGGAGUGGCGCCUCAUGGUGGGCACCGCACUCUGUCUGCUGGCCCUGGCUGUCCUGCUCAAGCAACUCCUCAGCUCUGCUGUCCAGGACAUGAACUGCAUACGCAGCUGGCGCAGGAUCAACCAGCUGAAGAGUGGCGGGCGGGUCGACCUGGUGCUGAUCCUAGCAGUGGCCAUAGCACUGCUGUUGUGUGGGGCGUUGCUGCUCUACACAGCCAUGGUUGGUGGCCAGGAUAGCCCAGGCCAGGACAAUGGGGACAUGCUGCUUUUUAGCUUCGUGCUGAUGGCUGCCGGGGCAGGUGUAGCUUUGGCUGUGGCAGGCUACACUGGGUUGGUCUACCUUCAGAACAGGAGGGAAGAGACAAGAAGGGGGAUGGUGAGGGGGAGAAGGAGGAGGGUUGGGAGAGCAGGGCACAGAGCCGUCAGGGUGUUCACUGUCUCAGCAGCACAGAUGAGGCAGGCUGGGGGAGCGAACUCCUCCAGCAGGACCAGCCUCAUCUGA